ACGAGAGAAAGAGAGAGAGAGAGAGGGGGGAGAGAUAAAGCGAGAGAGCGCGAGCGAGAGAGUGAAAGAGAAGGAGGAGUGACAGAAAGGGAAAGAAAAGAGGGAAGAAAGAGACUCAUUAAGCCAAGUUCUUCUUAGCACUCGUUCUGCUAUACAGAGUCUCUCUCUCUCUCUCUCUCUCUCUCUCUCUCUCUCUCUCUCACACACACACACACUAAAGAACACAAAGCAGAAGUGGACAAAGACACACGGUUUCCGUCGCCGCGGUUGGCUAUGGCUCAGGGCUCUGACAGCAAUGACACAAGUUACAAGUCCCCAUCACCUGGAAGCAGGCCGAGCUCCUCGGACGAUGCGAAGAAGGUGAUGCGGAGAGAGAAGAACCGGAUCGCGGCUCAGAAGAGCAGGAUGAGGCAAACUCAGAAAGCUGACAGCCUGCACUUGGAGAGUGAGAACCUGGAGAAGGAGAACGCCGCCCUGAGGAAGGAGGUGAAGCAGCUGACGGAGGAGGCCAAGUAUCUGUCCUCCGUGCUGAGCAGCCACGAGCCUCAGUGCACCGGCCUGGCUCCUCAGACCCCCGACCUCCUCUACCCUCCCCAUCACAGCAGCUACCACCACCAGCACAUCACCGUGCCACACUACCAGCACUGACCCGAGCGGCCACCGAGGGCGUGCUGCGAACCGACGACUGACCUCAAUGGAGAAAAAGACGGACUGGGAACGUGUCUGUGUGUGUUGAUCAUUGUUCUAAAACAUGAACAUUAACAUGACCGGCCAGUACGUUUGCCAAUCAAUGACAGUACAGACCCCAUGCUGUCAAAAGCAGUGUUCAAAACUAUUUAUUGUUGCUUGUGUUCAUCUCUUUGCUUUCACCUGAUUAAUAUCAGUGAUCUGUAUGUGAACUUAAAUGGUUACGAACCAGUCGAUGUUUACAUUGGGAGAAAAAGAACAACCUACUGUGUGUUCGGGUGACUCAGGCGGUGCAGGGUUUUUGUACAUUUUGAGUGUCAUGGAGAGCCCCUUUUGUCAUCUCGUCAUGUUUUACUUUCUCGUGUUUAUGAAUGUGUUUCAAUGUGUAAGUGUAGAUCGAUAAUGCUCAGGAGAUUUUUUUGACAGAUUUGAUUGUGGACAAAGAGAAUGUAAAGUCGAGAGUCCUAAGAAAAAAAAAAUCCUUCAAAGAUACGUCUGUCCAGUGAGGAACGGGCAUUCAACGAGUCUCGACUUGUGUACUGGUGACAAUGCUGAUGUGGGAAAACAUAUAUUUAUUAAAUGUGAAGCCUUGUAGGUGAUACUUUCUGACCUUCA